GGCUUUCUCUCAUGAUGCAUCCCCUCAUCGAAGUGGGUCUUGCUUAUGUGGUUUUUGGCACUUGCGUUGUUCUCCUUUCGCCAUUUCUGCUUUUGUUGCGCAUAGGUAAGAAGCACCAAUCGUCAAGGCCUGCGACGGCACCCAGGUCCGCUACCGCGCAAACCCCCUCGACAUCGAAGAGCACUCACUUCACCAAGUGGCAAUACACAAAAGCAGUCUCCACUUCUAGCCAAGCUGCCUUAUGAAAUACGCCAAUUAAUACUGAAAAUGAGCAUUGGUAACACUACUUUCCACAUCCAAUUGCAAGAGGGGCGGCUUCGUGGAGUCAUGUGUACCUCCUUGACACCGCAUCUGUGUAAUGGAUGCGGUAUCGGCAGAGCAUGUCGUGUGCAAGACACUCUAUCUCCGGUC